GGACGACUCGGCCGACUCAUGAACAGGAGAUUCCGCAAUCGCAACGGGCAAGAUGGCCGCAUUUAAAGGUCAUUCAGGAUCCGACAACCCUUCCCCUUUCCUGAGAAGGUCAUCAUCAUCGACAUCUCAGUGCCAAUUCGUGUGAUCGACCAAGAUGAAGGCAUCAUCAAUCCUCGCCAUCCUCGGCGCCGUCGUGCCUGCCCUCGCGGCGCCCAAGGGCAUCGGCCGCCGUGCCGACACGGACCUUAUGUCCGGCAAGUACAUCAUCCAGCUCAAGCCCGGUACCACCCCCGAAGCCGUCACCGCGCAUCACAAGGCGGUGCGCAGCCUCCUCCGCCGCCGUGAUGGAUCUGCAGGCACGGUGGAGAAGACGUUCCAGAUUGGCGACUUCAACGCCUACAGCGGCAGCUUCGACGAUGCGACCCUCGAGGAAAUUGCGGCUCUCGACGAGGUCCUCUCCGUCGAGAUCGACCAGCCUAUCUUUGUCGACCCCACUGAGCAAGAGUCGACGCUCUCCAAGCGCGACCUGACUACUCAGGCGAGCAGCAUCUGGAGCUUGGGUGACCUGUCUCACAAGGCGGCUGGCUCUACUGAGUACGUCUACGAUAGCUCUGCCGGCGAGGGCACGACUGCCUACGUCUUUGACACGGGUAUCCGCACGUCGCACUCUGAGUUUGAGGGCCGCGCUAGCUUCGGUAUCAACGGUGUCACCGGGUCGACCGUCUCCCCCGGGUCCAACUCUGACACCGACGGCCACGGCACUCACGUUGCGGCGACCAUCGUCGGCAAGACAUAUGGCGUCGCCAAGAAGGCCAAGGUCAUUGAUAUCAAGGUGUUCGACGGCUCUACGGGCUCCACCUCAGCCAUCCUCACCGGUCUCAACUGGGCUGUCAACGACAUCACGACUAAGGGCGCGCAGGGCAAGUCCGUCCUCAACAUGUCUUUGAGCGCCAAGAACGUUUCGGCCCUUGACAACGCCGUUCUCGCUGCCUACAACCAGGGUAUUCUCACCGUCGUCGCGGCCGGCAACGACAACCAGCCCGCCACCGACACUUCCCCCGCCAGACUUCCCGAGUCUUUCACUGUCGGCAUGACGCGCCCUGACCGCGGCCGUGUCAACAUCAUUGAGGGCAUCUACGGCAGCUCAUACGGCCCCGAGCUGGACGUUUUCGCGCCCGGUCAGGAUAUCGUUUCUGCUAGCUACAGCUCUGACACAGGUACGGCGACAAAGACUGGCACCAGUAUGGCGGCGCCGCUUGUCGCUGGUCUCGUGUGCUACCUCAGAGCCUUGGAGGGCGGUCUUGUAACGCCCAAGGAGGUUACUGACAGGAUCUUGGAACUUGCUAUCCCCGAUGUCGUCGGUGACCCGAAGGGAUCGCCUAAUCUGUUGGUCAACAACGGCAGUGGGCAGUAA